GUGGGAGGAUUAAGGUCUUUAAGGACAUUUUUUUUUUCUUUUUUGAAAGAAAGGUCUCUAAGGAUAUUAAGGGAGUGUUUUUUAAACUCUCAACCAUUUUUAAAUUAAUUAAUACUUCAGCGCUUACAUAUAUAAUCUCUCAACUACUUAAAAUUAAUUAGAAUUUAAUUUCAUAAUUUUUACGUAAUAAUAAUACACCUAAUUUGUCAUUUACAAUCUUUUGUAUACGUGUGACUUUGACAAUCAUUUAUAAAUACAAUACACGUCUACCUUAAAUAAAACUACGGAGAAAGUGUAAUAUUCCCACUUUGUAUCAACUCGAUAAAUCAAACCUUUUAAUACAUACUCAAACGAAACACGAAAAUAUCUUUAUAGAAUGGAUAGAGUAUACAACAUCCAAAAAAAACAACAACAAUAACAAAAAAAAUCCGAGAAAAUUGAAGAAGGAAGAAGGUGGUGGUGAUGGAUAGGUAUACGAGAGUAGAAAAACCUAAAGCAGAAAGUCCGAUUAAUGAGAAUGAAAUUAGGAUUACUACUCAAGGUCGUAUGCGUAAUUACAUUACCUAUGCCACCACUCUUCUCCAGGAGAAAGGUUCAGAUGAAGUUGCGCUUAAGGCAAUGGGUAGAGCAAUCAACAAGACUGUGAUGAUUGCUGAACUAAUUAAGAGAAGGAUUGUGGGUCUCCACCAGAAUACAUCCAUUGGAUCAACUGAUAUUACAGACAAUUGGGAGCCAUUAGAAGAAGGCCUUCAACCCAUUGAAACUACUCGUCAUGUCUCCAUGAUCACAAUCACCUUGUCUAAGAAAGAGCUGAACAUAUCAUCUACUGGGUAUCAACCACCUAUCCCUGAAGAUCAAGUGAGGCCAUCAAAUAAUUAUGAUAAUGAAGGAGAGGAUUCACCUGAUGUAAGGGGUAGGGGACGUGGUGGCCGAAGUAGAGGCAGAGGGAGAGGAAUGUAUAAUGGACCAGGGGAUUAUGAUGGAGGUGGUUACUAUGGUGGCCGUGGAUAUGGUGGCAGAGGCCGAGGUCGUGGCAGAAGUCAGAACUUUAGGGGGCGAGGAAGAGGUUAUUAUGCUCAAGGACCUGGUGGGUAUUAUGACAAUGGUGAAGGGGAAGUGCCUGUUACUCGAGGGCGUGGUCGUGGGCAUGGUAGAGGAUGGGCUCGUGGUCAUGGUUCCGGGGGCGAAGGGACACCUCAAAUGGCAGCUGCUUGACCAUUGCUGAGGUACAACAUUUGGUUUGCAGUUGGAAAAACAUGAUAUUGGAUGCCUGCUCUCUUGUGUUGUGUUGGUUGCUAAUCAUGGGCAUUUUCAUCUGUUUUAAAGAUGUGGAUAGUGCUGCUGCCACCGGCAUGCAGCUGUGUUUUUGUAGGCUACAGAAUUAGGUUUAUUAUUUCUUGCUGACAGAUUUUUUUUUUUUUUUCUCCAUCUUCAUCUUCAAACACCCAAAGAAAGGUUGUAACAUUUUAUUUUUCUUUCCCAUAUAGUUAUAAUAAUAGAGCAGUACAUUCUUUUAUUCUUAAUAUAUGUUUCAUAUAUUAAUGCCCUCAAAGGGGCAUCGUUUUGGCAACGACAA